AUGGUAAACAUGUAUUGCAGAAUUUUGCUUAACCGUUGCAAAGAGCUGAUGCGGGCCAGCAUCAAGAAGGUUCGGAGUCGACAAUUCGUUCACCGUGAGCAGAGCCAGCAUCCUGCAGUAGCCACCUCCUUGACCGUGGAGCAGGAAAUGCAAGAGCAGAAGAUUUCCACCUACCAGAGGAACAAGUAUCGGUCCAUGUGGGAGCAGGAAGAGGUCAAUCAUAUGCGCACUGGAGAUUAUAGUGUUAGCCAGAGCAACGCCAACGGAGAUCGCAGCUACGAUGGAACGUGGGUUAACUUGGGUCAAGGGUCGUCGCUCGAUUAUCAAUCGUCCAAGCACGGCCAAGCCCUGUAACGAUCAAGCCAAGGCCUUCAU